AUGGCAAAACAUCAUUUAGAUACCUCAUUUGUUGCUCAUGAUCAUUAUCAUUUACAGAACUACAUCUUACAUCUGCAUUGGGUUCCUCCUCCUGUACAGUUCCUAAAGAUAAAUAUUGAUGCUUCAUAUAAUUCUGAAUCUUUGUUAGCUGGUAUUGGUAUUAUAAUUAGAAAUUCUGCAGGGGCCUAUGUCAUGGGAAGGGGAACAUUGAAAAGAGUUAUAAAUGUUGAGCAAGUUGAAGCCUGGGCUAUGUUAGAGGCUAUGCAAAUAGCAGCUUCAAAUGGCUGGUCUAAUGUCAUUUUUGAGACAGACAAUCUGAGUAUCAGUAACUUUUUACAGCAUCAAACUAGUCUUUGUCAGUGGCAGUGUUUACCUCUUCUUAGAAAUUGUGUUAAUAUAUGUAAUAGUUACCCUGUGUGGUCUUGUGAGUUUGUUUACAGUUCUUGUAAUAAAGUUGCAGAUGCUUUAGCAAAGGAAGCUCGAAAACAGAAUUUAUGUGGGGAGUGGUGGGGUUAUCCACCUGACUUAAUAAUUCCUUACAUAAAUCAUGAUGUAAGUAAUAUGUUUAUGUAA